AUGGGUAAUGUUGUGCUCCAGAAUCUUACUUUAAGGAUCGCCGUAUUCGAAGUACUAAGCAUAAGUUCAUCGUUGGUGUACGGAGCGAUCACUCUCAUCUUGUGUCCUCAUCAUGAGUCCACUCAAACAAUGGCAAUUUGCGAGGGUGCUCCUAUGGUAUCGGUGAGUGCUCCCUAUCAAGGAAACGGACAAAAUCAUAGUCUAAGUGACUUUACCAACCCGACGAUCAUCGGGGAGAGUAACAAUCAUCACAAUCAAAGGCGUGGCACAAACUCCAUCAUUCCAGGAUUCACCUCAAUUCGAUUGAAAUCUUAUUUCCAGAAGCACAAUAAUUCUGCUCCUCUGUCUUUUGUAUUUCCAAAACCACCUUCCCAAACUCCUUUGAACAAACUAUCGGACGAUUCUGCAUCGGAUCGAUCCUACUCUUCUGACAAUAGCGAUGAGAAGCCACCUUCUUCUAUUGAUACGAACAAUGGUGGUGGAAUUAUUGUUAACAAGAUUGUUGUUCAUAAGCAAGGAAAAUCUUUGGACAUCAAACAUCCCGAGUCUGCAGCUACUGAUAGAUUUUCUGCCAUCUAUUUUUAA